GGCCGCGGAGCCGGCACAAAGGCUCCGGCCCCUCCCGGGUCCUGGUCCCCGGUUCGCCCGCUCGCCCCGGGCGCGUCCGCUCGCCGCGGUGUGGUUCGUGCCCCCAGCAUCCCGGGGAGAGGCGCAUCUGUGCACACACGCGGAUUUUUUAAAAAUAACAUGUUUCUAGACCUGCCUCCGCCCCCCACCCUCCAUCUUUGCGGAGCAGCCGCUGGGCGGGGGGCGGGGGCGGGGCCCCGCGGUUAAUAAAGGGGGGUGGGCGGAGCCGGCCGCGGCCAUUGGCUGGCCCGGGGAGUGAUGUCACCCAUAUGACACCCUGAUAACUAGUUGGGAGAGAGUCCCCAACUUUUUGCAGAAGGAGCGCGCGCGCCUGGGAGUGCUCGGGUCCGGCGCUUGCGGCGGGAGCCACCAGCAGGAGAGAGGGGUCCCCGGGCUGCCUCGACCGCCGCCGCCGCCUCUCCUGUCGCGGCCGCAGCCCCCCGCGUGCGGGCGGCCGUUGCCGCCGCAGCCGCUGUGUGCAGCCUGGAAGGGGGGGCCGGGGGGAGGGGGGGAGUCGUGGCCGCGGGGCGCCCAGGACUUUGCAAGUUGCCCGGGAAGGUGGAGGGGCGAGAAGGGGAGGGGGACCUCCGCACGAGCCCGAGAGCGAGCCCGAGCGGCCCGGGUCGGAGCGCCCAGCCCCGCGGCGGAUCAUGGUGCAGCAGGCGGAGAGCUUGGAGGCGGAGAGCAACCUGCCCCGGGAGGCGCUGGACACGGAGGAGGGCGAAUUCAUGGCGUGCAGCCCGGCGGCCCUGGACGAGAGCGACCCGGACUGGUGCAAGACGGCGUCGGGCCACAUCAAGCGGCCGAUGAACGCGUUCAUGGUGUGGUCCAAGAUCGAGCGGCGCAAAAUCAUGGAGCAGUCCCCCGACAUGCACAACGCCGAGAUCUCCAAGCGCCUGGGCAAGCGCUGGAAGAUGCUCAAGGACAGCGAGAAGAUCCCGUUCAUCCGCGAGGCCGAGCGGCUGCGCCUCAAGCACAUGGCCGACUACCCCGACUACAAGUACCGGCCGCGGAAAAAGCCCAAGAUGGACCCCGCGACCAAGCCCAGCGCCGGCCAGAGCCCCGAGAAGAGCGCGGCGGGCGGCGCCAAGGCCGCCAAGGGCUCCGGCAAGAAGUGCGGCAAGCCCAAGGCGCGCGCGGGCAAGGCGGCGCCGUGCGGGGACCUGGGCGCGGGCGACGACUACGUGCUCGGCGGCCUGCGCGCGGGCGGCGCGGCCAAGACGGUCAAGUGCGUGUUCCUGGACGAGGAGGAGGACGAGGACGAGGACGGCGACGAGCUGCCGCUGCGGAUCAAGCAGGAGCCGGACGAGGACGAGGACGAGCCGCCGCACCCGCCGCUCCUGCCGCCUCCGGGCCCGCAGGCGCCGCCGCCGCUGCUGAGACGCUACAACGUCGCCAAAGUGCCCGCCAGCCCCACGCUGAGCAGCGCGGCCGAGUCCCCCGAGGGCGCCAGCCUGUACGACGAGGUGCGGGCCGGCGCGCCCGCGGGCCCGGGGGGCGGCAGCCGCCUCUACUACAGCUUCAAGAACAUCACCAAGCAGCACCCGCCGCCGCUGGCGCAGCCCGCGCUCUCGCCCGCGUCCUCGCGCUCCGUCUCCACGUCCUCGGCCUCCUCGGGCGGCAGCGGCGGCGAGGACGCCGACGACCUGAUGUUCGACCUGAGCUUGAAUUUCUCCCAGAGCGCGCACGGCGCCGGCGAGCAGCAGCUGGGCGGCGGCGCGGCCGGGAACCUGUCCCUGUCGCUGGUGGAUAAGGAUUUGGAUUCGUUCAGCGAGGGCAGCCUGGGCUCCCACUUCGAGUUCCCCGACUACUGCACGCCCGAGCUCAGCGAGAUGAUCGCGGGGGACUGGCUGGAGGCCAACUUCUCCGACCUGGUGUUCACGUAUUGAGCGCGCCCGGCGCCGGCCCCGGGCCCCGCGGGCACCCCGCCGGGCUCCUGCGGGGGGAGGGCGGCCCCGCGGUGCUGCCGGGAGGAUGGUGGCGGCGGCGGGGGGUGCGGGGAGAGAAGAGGAUGCUCACGUUGACCUGAUGCCGUGACACAAAGGAGUGGGGAAGGAUGGUGACGUUUUUGGUGGCGUUCCAGUGAAAUGAGUAGUUUUUAAAGGUUUUUUUUUCUGUCUUUUUUUUUUUUUUGGUCCCCUCCCCCUCCCUGCCUUUCUCGUGUCUCAAGGUAGUUGCAUACCUAGCCUGGAGCUGUGAUUUUGUUUUUUUACCCGCCCCCGAAUGCGUUUUUGUCGAGACGAUUUCUUUUUCCUGAAAUCCGUGAUUGCAACAAAGGCGCGGGGCGGGGCGGGGCGGGAGGCCCCGCGGAAGGCGCGGCCGGAGCUGGGCGGCGUGAAGCUUGGCCUCCGCUGCAGACCGUGGGCAGCACAACCGUUACGCUAGGGAGUUGGCUGGAGAAUAUUUUUAUUUUUAUUUUUUCUUAAGAGAUCUUAGAGAACUGGAGGGUGUUUUUUUUAAAUUUUUUAUUUU